AAAACCGAAAAUAUAUAGAGAAUUUUUUAAAAAUUCAUGUCUACUCCCGCCAAGGUGUUCGUUGGCAGCCUGCCGCGCUGCAAGCCGGAGGAGUUGCGUCGCCUCUUCGCCAACUACGGCUCGGUCGUAGAGUGUGACGUGAUGAAUCGGUGCGCCUUCGUUCACCUGGAGACCACGGACAUGGCGGAGGCGGCCAUAGCAGCCCUCAAUGGUAUCGUUUUCAAGGGCCAGGCCAUCGUCGUGGAGGCGGGAAGGCCGAAGUACGGCCCUGGGAACGGCAGUCGCGGUCCGCCGGCCAGUGGUGACAGCCAGGGACGCAGGCCUUCCGAAGGACAAAGUAGUAGCCCUAAUAAGAGAUCCACAGAGGCGUCCGGUAACAGCUUUAAGCGGAACUUCCGAGAUGAAACCGGCGGCGGUCGCCGGUUCUCUAAAGAUGGGCGCGACGCACGGGGACCCAACAUGAACAAAUUUGGACCUGUGCGGAACGAACCCAACUACAGGCAACAGCGGAGUGCUCCCUACAAUAAGGGACGGCCGCAAAGCAACGAGACCGGCUCUCAAGCGACCGGAUUCAGGAACAAAUUUGCGGGCGGAGGCAAUGCCGGAAAUUUUGGGGGAGGAGGAGGAGCCAACGAAGGCAAUCGCUUCGGGAGCAGUCGGUGGGACAAUAACGGUGGUCCUCAAGCUGGAAAAAGAAACUUCAGGAACAGUCCGACAAGCGCAUUUGGAGGAGGCGGCAACAGCACUAGCAGAAAUGACUUCAGGGCUGGCAGCUCCGGCAGCGGUGGUGGUGGAUCGCUUAAUCAAAGAGGCGGCGCAGGCAGCAAUGUGCGUCAGGAUCGCCGUGGCUUUGCCCUGCCAGUGGAGCAUCAGCAUCAGCAAAUGAGCUUUGGACGCUUCGGAAACGGACCCAUGAAUUCGCACAGUCGCAGGGACGCCGGCGCUAGUGGAAGUAACCCACAGGGCGGACGAGGUUUCUACAAUGGAGGCGGGGGUUUCAAUGCCAGACGUGGCAGCAGUGGAGCAGCCAGCAACGAACACAAUAGCCAACAAGGUGGCGGUGGUCCCAACAAGCGGGGUGGAGGGGGAGGAGGAUUAGGAAAGGUUCACAAUCAGAAUGGCUUCAAUGCAUAUCACACGGAAUUUCCGCCUUUGGGAAGUCAAAGGAACCGAUAUAAUGGACCCCGGCCUGGAGCAAAUAUGGGCGGCAAUAGAAGGUUUUAGGCAAGUGCAACUCCACUCCGAUGUUUGGCCAGUCCACGCGAACUCCAAACUCCCAACUCCAAUUAAUAAUGUAAUAGCCGAAUUUUGUUUUCCAUACUUUCGCGCUCCGAAUCGUUUAGUUAAGCUGACGGGAUUUAAUAUAUUUUUUUUUAUUUUAAUCUGUCCUAUAGCCGUACUUUUAAGACCAACAUCAACAGUAUAUUUGUUAUUCGUAGUUAAGAUUGUUUCAAUAUUUAAAUGCAAUACUUAAAUAAUCA